AUGUGGAUUCAAUGCUGUUUAGACAGAAGUUUCGGGAAUAAAGCCUGGUCCAAUUUAUUUCCGGCCUCAAACCAAACCUUCUUGGAGAAGAGAGGAUCUGAUCAUAGGCCUGUCUGGCUAAAUCUUGGUGCUUCUCCGGAUGUCUUUAAAGGGCAGUUCAGAUUCGACAAGAGAUUUCUGAUGGAACCGAAGGUUAGAGAAGAAGUCAGUUUGAUUUGGGCAAGGCACGGAGAUGAAAGGCUCCUGGAUGUCUCUCAAAAGAUCAGAAAAUGCAGAAAUGUGAUGAGUCAGUGGAAGAAGAAGAAGAUCUUUAAUGCUAAAGACAAAAUUCAAUUACUCCAAAAUCAGUUGGAGUGGCUGCAAUCGAGAUCCUUUCCUUGCUUCUUCAAGAUCAAUGAAGUGAAGCGAAAUCUUAUGAGAGCAUACAAGGAGGAGUCGAUGUUUUGGGAACAAAGGAGCAGGGAAAAAUGGUUGAACAAGGGUGAUAGGAAUUCUAAGUUCUUUCACUCAGCUGUCAAAGUUAACAGAUCAAAGAACCAUUUGCAGAAACUGAAAAACAAAGAGGGCAUAGAUCAAUGGUCUGAUGGGGCUAAAGCGGAGGUGGCACUGGAGUAUUUCUCGGAUCUUUUUAAAUCUUCAAACCCAAGGUCCUAUGCGCCAGUGCUCCAAAGCAUGGAGAAGAAGGUAACAGCAGAGAUGAACUGUGAGCUGACUAAACCAAUAUCGAAGGAAGAAGUAAAAGAAGCGAUGUUCUCUAUCGAUCCGAACAGCGCUCCGGGCCCAGACGGAAUGACAGGUUUGUUCUUUCAAAAGUUCUGGAGGGAGAUUGGGGAGCAGGUCACUGAAGAGAUUCAAGAAGUAUUCAUAUCAGGGGUCAUGCCGAAAGAUUGGAAUUUCACAUACUUGUGUUUGAUUCCGAAGAUUCCUCAUCCGGAACUGAUGUCUGAUUUGAGACCUAUAAGUCUUUGCUCAGUGCUCUACAAAUGCAUAGCCAAGAUUCUGGUUAAAAGGAUGCAGCCGUGGCUUCAGCAGAUUGUUUCAGUGAAUCAAUCAGCAUUUGUGAGUGAAAGACUUAUCUCCGACAACAUCAUCAUAGCGCAUGAAGCUGUACAUGCUCUGAGAUCUCACCCUGCCAUUGCAAAGGACUUCAUUGCAGUAAAGACGGACAUGUCAAAAGCGUACGACCGAGUGGAAUGGAGUUACCUUAGGUCUCUCUUACUGGCUAUGGGUUUCUGCGGGAUAUGGGUGGAAUGGAUCAUGAUGUGCAUAUCUUCUCCGUCCUUUGCGGUUCUCAUCAAUGACCAACCUUUUGGUCUGCUGUCUCCACAGCGAGGAUUAAGACAAGGCGAUCCUCUAUCGCCUUUUCUUUUUGUUUUAUGCACUGAAGGGUUAACUCACCUCAUGAAUGUGGCCAAUAGGAACAGGAUUUUGGAUGGAAUGAGUUUCUCUGAAGAAGGCCCUACGGUUCACCACUUGUUUUUUGCGGACGACAGCCUGUUCUUAUGCAGGGCUGAGGUGAACCAAGUGCAAGCGCUAAACAAGAUUCUGCUGUUCUAUGGAGAGGCGACAGGGCAGGUCAUUAAUCUCCAAAAAUCCUCGAUAUCUUUUGGGGAUAAGGUGGCAACAGAAACAAGAACUCUCAUCAAGGAAGCCUUGGGGAUUUUCAGUGAAGGCGGGGCCAGUAAAUAUCUUGGAGUUCCUGAAUGUUUCUCUGGUUCUAAAGUUAAUUUAUUAUCUUAUUUGAAGGACAAAACUCAGACUAGACUGGAAGGGUGGUAUCUCAAACAUCUAUCACAAGCUGGGAAAGAAAUUCUCCUGAAAUCCUCUGCAUCAUCGCUUCCAGUUUACCCAAUGACGUGCUUCCGUCUCCCCAAAACGCUGGUCUCGAAGCUGUCUAGCCUAAUGGCUAAUUUCUGGUGGGGAGCUGAUGCUCAUUUAAGGAAGAUACAUUGGGUGGCAUGGGACAGAAUGUGUCUCCCCAAGCAACUCGGAGGUUUAGGUUUCAGAGACCUAGAGUGUUUUAAUCAGGCUUUGCUGGCCAAGACUGCAUCGAACAUCAUGACUAGACCUAACUCCUUGGUUGCCCGGUUUCUCUCGAGCCGAUAUUUCUCUAACGGUAACUUCCUAUCUGCAGCCACUGGACAACGCCCAUCCUUUGUAUGGCGAAGCCUGGUAUUUGGCAGAGAUUUGGUCAGAUUAGGACUUGUCCAUAGGGUAGGGAAUGGAAAAAACACGAGGGUGUGGAUAGAUAAGUGGGUGGACGAUCCGGCUGAAGGUCCUAGACCUCCGUGGAGAAAGAAUUACUUCUUUGAUGUCAAUCUGCUGGCAUCUUCUCUCAUUGAUCAGCACACGAGAAGAUGGGAUCUGAAUGCGCUGGAGCAGAUCUUUGUGCCAGGGGAUGUUGAAAUCAUCAUGAAAAAUCAACCGGUGAUAUCGAAAGAGGACUUCACGGUUUGGAAAUACAACAAGAAUGGCAUCAUCUCGGUCAAGUCAGCCUAUUGGUUAGCUUCCUCUACCAAGACUAAGCUGAAGAUGAGAGAAGUGGUAUGUCUUCCUUCAAUCAAUCCUAUCAAGGAGAAAAUUUGGAAGAUAAUCACCUCUCCAAAGAUUAAGGUUUUUUUGUGGAAGAUGGUGAGUGAUGCGAUUCCAGUAGCUGAAUUAAUCAGGUCCAGAGGUAUGAAAGUUGAUGGAAUUUGCCAGGUCUGUGGCGUAUCUGAUGAGACCAUAAAUCACAUUUUCUUUGAGUGCACGUUUGCUAGACAGGUAUGGGCUCUCUCUGGAAUCCCGCAUCCUAAUGGAGGAUUUCAUCUAUCAUCGGUCUACGUUAAUGUCCACCAUCUAAUGGAGAUGCAACGACCGAGACAAGGAGAAGAGGAUAAGCGAAGGAGAUGGUCAUGGAUUCUUUGGUCCAUAUGGAAAUCUAGGAAUGCUUUGCUCUUUGAAGGGAAGUACUUUCUUCCUGAGGAGACUGUUGCCAAAGCUAUACAUGAUGAAGAAGAGUGGAGGAUGGCCCAGAUUGUGGACAAAGAGUACCAGCAUCUUGAGUCUCACCAGGUUUUGGAGAAGGUGAAGAAAUGGAGUCCGCCACCUGAAAAUUGGCUUGUCUGUAAUUUUGCUUUUGACUGGUGCAAGCACAGAAGAAUGAUGGGAGGUGCGUGGGUUGUGAGAAAUGAAAGAGGAGUUGUCAUUUUUCAUAGCAGAAGGGCUUUCUCCGAUAUCCACUCCAAAGAGGAGGCUAAACUUCAAGUUGUUCUCUGGGCCGUUGAAAGUAUGCGCAGCAUGAGAAUCAACAAAAUCAUAUUUGCUGGAGAGAUGGAUGAUUUGCUGGGAGCGAUGAACCGCCCUCAGGCUUGGCCCUCUUUCGGGUUUCAAGUAGGAGAAAUUGAACUGGAGGCUCGAGGUAUGGAGGAGAUUAGAUGGGAAGUGAUCACGAGAACUCAGAAUAGAGGUGCAACUUUGAUAGCUCAAAGUGUGAAGAGACAAAACAGGGGGCAAUCUUAUGUAGCAAGGAGUCUUCCUUGUUGGCUCUUUGAACUCUUUGUGAAUGAAAGUCGUGGCCUCUAG